UUUUCUUGUGGUAGUUGUAAAUAAACAAGGGAAAAAAUGAAAUUCUAAUUUGGUUUAUAGAGCAUCUAAGAUUAUUCAAAAAUGUUUAAUUGUUGGCUAAGUUUGUUGAGGAAUUGUUCAUCAAAUUUCAAGGUGUAUGGGUCCCAUAUUGCUUCAGUUCGUCAACAUCACAGAUGUGGACUCAGUGUCAUAAGAAAUCCUAGAAAUAUCCAAUGCCUUCAGUUGGAACAAGCAAAGCUGGUUAACAAGUUGAUACCACUUGUUAAAUGCACAAGUGGAAUUGAAUUUCCACGUGUGCCAGUCAGUAACAAGAUCGAUAUAUCAGACGUUUUAGGUAUCUGUAAGUCGGGUGUGUAUCUUCCCACUGUUGGCAACGAAGUGGAGAAAAUUGACAGAAUCCCUCCCGAUGUUUACGUGGAGGAUCCAGACGUGGGGACAGCCCCCGCGAAGCAGGCGGCUCGACUGGUCGUGAUCCGGCGCCGGAAGAUGAAGAAGCACAAGCUCAGGAAGCUGCGCAAGCGCAUGAAGUUCGAGUGGGCCAAAGUGCGGCAGCGCAGGGAGUUCAAGAAGGAGAAGGUGUUCCAGGCAGAGCUGAUCGCCCAGAUUAAAGAGGCGGAGAAGUUCGACGCGGCGAGCUACGUGGCAGAGAGGCUGGAGAAGGCGACCACCGUCCCGGGGAAGAAGAGGACGCAUGUGUACAGACUAUCCGACUGAGCAGGAAAGAGAAGCUUUAUUUAGUGUGGACUUACUGGAAGCGUGAAAUGAAAAUGAAGUUAGAUUUUUGGGUAUGCGUAAUCAACUUUCACGUAGUCUACGGGGUGUUUUCAAGUCAUGGAACUGACUAAAAAAGUAAGGAAAUCGGAGGAUUGGUCAAGAAAGUCAAGAAAAACUUCCAAAAUAAACAGAAACGGAGCCAGAAAUCAUGUAAUGUUUAAUUUGCAGCUGCAUUUUGCUAAAUUGCAUUUUUGUUUUUUGAUGCCUUACUUCAGUUUAUAGCCAUACGUUAAAAAUAAUUAUUUGGAAACUGUCCACUUCAGUAAAGUUGAAGUUUUCUCAUUAACUGUUUUAGCUCUGUAGAAAAAAAAUCCUCACGUCUCAAUGAAUGGUGUUAGAUCUAUUUCAUAUUAGGUAUGUUUAAUUUUGCGUAGAUACAUAAUCUGAGCCAGUGAUAUAAAAGAAAGGUAAGAAAAUUUUAGUAAAAGGUCCUAAAAAGUCUUGAAAUUGGUUCACAAGUUAUUUGUAGACACACUAGUCUACCAGUUUCAAUCUAGAGUAAAUAUGUAGUUGGGCGGUAUUAGUGAAAAAAAAUGUUAAAAAUCUGAAAAUACUUUUAUUCUAUGCUCUUUAACUUCUUCUUUUCAUUAAACCCGACGGAGAUAAGAAAUUCCAAAUACUUUAGGAGGUAUCGCCGUUCUUAUUUUGCAAUACAAGACCUGUGCAAUCAUUCGACUGUUACCAUGUUUUUAUUUUGCCGUGUGUUCGUGAAUGCCUAAUUAAUUAAAAUGGUCGAUUAGGUCAGGUCAGUUACAUUAUAAAUACUUUCAAACUAAGCAGACAUUAAAAAUAAUAUGAAUUAAUUUUAAUGGUUGUUUAGUUUUAAAGUAUUUAUAAUGUAACUGACCUGACCUAACAAACCAUAACAAAGAAUGAACAGUAGGAACUCACAUAAUUUUUUUUUUAUUUAUUUAUUACUUGCGCAACAAAAUUCAAAUAACAAAUAAAACAUUAAAAUUUGAAACGUUAAAAACUCACCUUAAGUUAGAGGCGGGUACUAUUCCUUUGCCAUUAGUAGAAAAUGAUGUAGUCGUUCUUCACCUACGUCGUGGAAAAAAAAAAAAAAAAAAAAAAUCUUACUCGCAAACAAGAAACAAUUUUAAAUGCUGCAUGAAUGCACAGGUAUUGUGAUGAAAAUUAAAAAUUUUGAUAUCUCCUAAAGUAUUUGGAAUUUCUUAUCUCCACCAGGUUUAAUGAAAAGAGGAAGUUAAAGAGCAUAGAAUAAAAGUAUUUUCGGAAUUUUAAAAUUUUUUUUUAACAAAUAUUGCUCAACUAUGAUAUUUUAAAAUUCGAUAUCUCCUAAAGUAUUUGGAAUUUCUUAUCUCCGCCGGGUUUAAUGAAAAGAGGAAGAUAAAGAGCAUAUAAUAAAAGUAUUUUCGGAUUUUUAACCUUUUAUUUUCGCAAAUACCUCCCAACUACAUAUUUACCCAAUCCAGUGCAAGCUAAAAAAUAAUUUUUUAAAAAUUCAAAAUAAAAUUGUGUUUUUUUUUUUUUUUUUUGUUGUAGUGCAAGAUGUAGAGAGAGUCCCAUGUUGUCAAUUGGUAAUAAAUCUUCAUCAUACAAGCUAUUUUAAAACAGAACAUUUAGUUAGUGAAUUUGUCAAUAAACACAGAAGAAGGUUCAAUUUGUGUUUAGAGACUUGAAUUCUUUUGUCAUCUUGGGACUGAUGCUGAUUUCCUCAGGAAUGUUUGGAGACAAGAGUUUAGUAUACGUUAAUCAGCUAUUCAUUUUAUGUGAUUCACGAAGCCUUAGAAAGAGAAGUCCACAAAUUGGCUGCAUUCAUUUGAAAGUGAAGUGUUACAGUUUAUAUUUCAACAUCGCUAAAACGUGACUAAAAAUCCAUAGAUUGUACUUCGUAAUUAUUCAGCUUGCAAUAUUGAAAUCAUAUUUGCUUCCCUGAUUUUGUCACUUUCCUAAAAACUGCAUGUUAACAACACCCUUUGAAUGAAACUGCUUAUCAUGUAGACACAUUGUUAUAGUUUUUACUUUUCUGUGAAUUAUGAUCAGAAUGUAAGGUAAGAUCACUUCAACUUUCAGACAGUAAAAAUUGUGUAGUAACGUUUGAUGUGUUUCAAUCAAGAGUUAGAACAGUAAUCAUUUACAGCAGUUUCACACAUUUUAUCACUCUAUGGGUGAUUUGUUUUAGUUAUUUUUUACCUAACUUAACAGGUUUUUCUCAAUUCUUAAUGACCAAACUUUACAGUUCAAAAACACCUUAAAAAAAAAAAUUUCAUUCAGGAGAUAUUUCACAUUUUGAAUGUUUUCAAAUAUGCUAAUAGUUGUAAAUAUUUUGAGGAUACUGCAAAUCUGAUUGUACCAUUUUUAAAGCGAGUAAGAUUAAAUGUCAGUCUUUUUUUUUUCCAAUCUUUAAGAGUUCAAAUAAUUAUUCUUAAUUAAAACAAUUGAAAAUAUCAAAAAAUUAUAUAUUGUGAAAUUUUUUUUACAUUUACUGGAUUAAAAAAAAAUUACUAUUCAAAUUCCACAAUAACUUCUUUUCCUUUUUAAAAUAUUUCGAUUUCAACCCUUAUUUAUUACGUUCAAUUGUUUUGUCACACUACUAAAACAUUAUUUUCGUAUAUGGGUAUAGAAAUUUAAAAAUAUGUAGAUGGACGUUGUAUUAGCUGGCUGGCUGUAUUUCAAGAAUUUUGGAUUUCAAUCAUGUAAUUUUUUCUGUGGGAUCAAUCCGACAAGAAUUGAGUGGUGCUUCUAGCAGUAAAGAGUGAAGUUAUAUAGUCAGUGUGUUUUACAAUACCAAAAAUGUAUUUAUUUAAAAUGUAAGCUCAUUAUAUAUUCAUGAAUCACCACGAUAGUUGAAGUUGGAAAAGUGCAUACCUAAAUGAAAUGCAGAAGCUGUGAGUGAAGUAGCAUGUGGUAUGUUAUUCCAUAGUAACGACCACAGCUGCUCAAACAAAGGCUCGGGCAGCAUUUCUGGAGGUGGCCUUUGGCACACAACUGUACAGGAGUGUCUCCAAAAGUGUGUGUUGUGAGAGGCAAUUACACAACCAUCCGCUCUCCGCCAGAGGCAGUCAGUGAGAUGUCUCCUGGCUCAUUGCACUGAACGCUGUCAUAGCUACGCAGUUUUUUUCCAGCUCAGCUCAGCCCGUAUAAGUAUCACACACAGGCAGCUACUGCUACACAGCUACCUUUUUGCUGCAUUGCCAGAGUCCAUUUUUUUUAUUACAGAAAUUAUAAAGGUGAUGCACAAUUUUUUGAUCACAGAAGUUUCAUUUUUGUGUUCACAGUGGUUAUUCACGUCAUGACAUUUGGUUACCUACUAGUUGGCGUUUGAAUCGUCACUGCACUGUAGUUUCUGUGUAUUAAUGAAGUUAACACCCAUGUUCAUUCAAAUGAACAAAGCUUACUAUA